GGGGAGGGGGCUGGGGGGGAGCAGCCGGACUGCGGGGCUGCCACCCUACCCUCUCUUCUGGCCCCAGGGUUGCGAUGGGGGAGGCAGAGGCUGAGGUGGGGACAGUGGUGGAAGUCAGCGGGCUGACCCCCGAUGUCCCCGAGGAGCUGCUCACGCUCUACUUUGAGAACCGCAGGAGCUCUGGGGGUGGACCUGUGUUGAGCUGGCAGAGACUUGGCCCUGGGGGCAUACUCAGCUUUCGGGAGCCUGCAGAUGCAGCGAGGGUCCUGGCCCAGGAGGAGCACACUCUGUGCGGCGCCCGGCUGAGCCUGCGGCCCGCCCCGCCCCGCGCUGCUGCGCGCCUGCUCCUCCAGGCACUGCCUCCCGGCCUCGCACCCCAGCGCCUGGAGCAGCACGUCCAAGCCUUGCUUCGUGCCACAGGUCACCCCGAGCAGCCCUGCCGUGCCCUGGCCAGUCCCCGACCAGACCGGGCCCUGGUCCAGCUGCCCAAGCCCCUUUCUGAGGCAGAGUUCCGCGUGCUGGAGGAGCGGGCGCGGGCCGUGGGCCUGGAGGGGGCGGAGGUGUCCCUGGCCUGGGUGCCCCAGGCCCGAGCGGUGCGUGUAGUGGGGGGCAGCCCCCCUGCGGACCCGCUGCUGUUGGAGCUGUACCUGGAGAACGAGCGCCGCAGUGGCGGGGGGCCCCUGGAAGGCUUGCGCAGGCUGCCGGGGACCCUGGGCACCGUCGUCUCCUUCCAGCAGUGGCAGGCGGCUGAACGAGUGCUGCAGCGGGACCACCGGCUACAGGGCUCGGAGCUGAGCCUUGUCCCCCACUAUGAAGUCCUGGAGCCGGAGGAGCUUGCUGAGGACACCAGUGGAGGGAGCCACCUGGCUGCGUUGGGCCCUGGGGCCCCCGAGCAUGCACUCCCGGUGGCUGGAAGGCCCGCGAGGGCCCAGAGUUGUGCAGGGCCUGUGACAUUGGGCUCGGAGGAGGCACCAGGGCAGUCAGGAGCUUCUGGGAGGACAGGUUCUCUCUGGGGCAGGUCCUCACUGGGACCGGCCGGGCCCAUCAGCUCGGGGCCUGUGGCGUCUUCAGAGCAGGCGGGGCUGGUGGGCCCAGUGGAGACCACCAUGGGCUCUCCGGAGCAGGUGGGGUCGGUGAGCCUGGGGCCUGUGGGGUCACCGGGGCAGGAGGGCCCGAUGGACACAGUGCUGCCGAUGGAGCCGGGAGCAAUACGCUUCCUACAGCUCUAUCACGAGGACCUUCUUGCUGGCCUGGGAGACGUCGCCCUCUUCCCACUCGAGGGAUCAGAUACGACUGGAUUUCGACUCUGCGGAGCCCCGGGCCCGUGCCGGGCGGCCGAGGAGUUUCUGCAAAGUCUGCUUGGCAGCAUCAGCUGUCAUGUGCUGAGCCUGAAGCACCCAGGCAGUGCCGGGUUCCUGCUGAGCCCAGAGGGGCAGCACCUCCUCCGUGGGUUGGAGGCUCAGUUUCAGUGUGUCUUUGGGACAGAGCAUCUGGCCAGGGCCGCCCUCCACACGAACCCUGAGGAGGUGGACCCCCGCGCCCUGGAGCCUCCAGAUGACGGAGGACGUGACCAGGAGAAUGUCAGCCUCGAGGAGGUCCAAGAGCUGCUGGCCACCCUGGAGGGCCUGGAGGGGGAAGAGAGGCUGCCGCUGGUGCUGGGGGAGGAGGAGCCUGAGGGGCGGCCAGAGGAAGAGGAAGAGGAGGAGGCUAUGACUCCCAGGGCUGGCGGGGGGCCAGUGGCCCCUGGCACGGGGGUGCCUGGGCCGCUGGAGGAGGAGGCCGCCCUGCAGCUGGCUCUUUACCAGUCGCUGGAGCCACAAGACCAGGUGGCUGAGCGAGAGGAGGCUGUGGCCCUCCAGCGAGCCCUGGCCCUCUCUCUGCUGGAACCACCCUGGUUAGAGGAAGGAGAGCACGAGGGCCAGGGGCCUGGCGGCUGCGCCCAGCUGGCGGUGCAUGUGGCCUUUGAGCAGGAUCUGGACGAGCUGGACCGGGCACUGGAGGCUGCGUUGGAGGUGCACCUCCGGGAGGAGACGGUGGCGCCCCAGGGCUGCAUGCUGCCCACAGAGCUGUGCGCCCGCCUGGGGCGGUGCCACGGCGUGAGCGUUGCCCUUCGUGGCGACCACACUGUCUUCCGUGGCUUUGGGGCCCAACCCACACGAGCUGCCCGCCACUUAGCAGCGCUGCUGGCUGGCCCCCGGGAUCAGAGUCUGGCCUUUCUCUUGGCAACUCUGGGCCCCACUUGUGAGUCUGCAGCCCAGACUGGGGAAGGGUGGGGUAGGCCAGCUACCAGGGACGGGAGCCCCCGGCAUGGCCUGCACUCCCUUUCGCCCUGUGUGUCAGGGCCACCGCAGAGGCCCAGGGAGCCCUUGGGCAGCCGGGAGCGACUGGCCGAGAGCAGCAGGGAGUUCCAGACGGUGGUGCAGGCUUUCUACGACACCCUGGACGCGGCCCACGGCAAGAUCCUUGUUGUCCGGGUGGAGCGUGUGUUGCACCCGCUGCUGCAGCGGCAGUACGAGCUGCAUCGGGAUCGCCUGGAGCAGUGCUGCGAGCGGCGCCCAGCGGAGCAGGUCCUGUACCACGGCACCGCGGGGGCCACUGUCCCAGACAUCUGCGCGCACGGCUUCAAUCGCAGCUUCUGCGGCCGCAACGGUACGCUCUACGGGCAGGGCGUGUACUUCGCCAAGCGCGCCUCCCUGUCGGUGCAGGACCGCUACUCGCCCCCCGACGCCGAGGGCCACAAGGCGGUGUUUGUCGCGCGGGUGCUGACCGGCGACUACGCGCAGGGCUGCCGCGGGCUGCGGGCCCCCCCUCUGCGGGCCCCGGGCCACGUGCCCCUGCGCUACGACAGCGCAGUGGACAGCCUCCGCCAGCCCAGCAUCUUCGUCAUCUUUCACGACACCCAGGCGCUGCCCACCCACCUCAUCACGUGCAGGCACACCGCCGGGCCUCCCCCCGCAGGGCUCCCGGGCGACUCGACCGGAGCCUAGGGGCCCCCUCGGCCCCGCCUCUGUCCUCCUGCUCCCCGCUCCGCCCGGCCCUGCAGCCCCGUCCGCUGCCGGAGCCGCCCCUGGGGGCCCCCCUGCCCCCCUGUCGUGCUGCCGGUAAGGGCGGCCGGAUGGGCAGAGCUGGGCCGUGUCCCCGCUGGGGCGGCCCAACCACCAGGGGUCAGCAGAGCACCAGGUGGGCCAGCCCGCCCGCCGCCUCCCGUCUCGGGCGCGACUGUGUCCUUUGAAUAAACGUGUCCGUGAAACUCGG